AUUUAAUCCGUCAUUGCGUCAAGUUUAUCUAUUUUACGCAUCAAUCAAUGACGUGAACAACAAACACAUUUUCUAACCGUAUGGCAAGUCUUCUCAAACUAGGACUGCUAAAAAAAGAAACUGAAACAGAUAAAUUAUGAGCCAGUUUAAAGUUACAACAAGUCGGGAUGGCAGACGUGUAUUUGGAGAACACGAUGACCGAUGGACAGACAAUGGCAGAGGAGGUCAUGGUGGUGGACAAAGAUCUUUUGGAAAACGAGGUGGAAGGAAGAAUUAUGGGGGCUUUAAUAGAGGAGGUGGUUACAACAGAGGUGGAAGACCAGAUAGAUCUAGAGGAAGAGGUAGAGGAUUCAAUAAUGGCCCUGGACCCAGAAGUAGAUUUGAUGAUGAAGGAGAUGUAGAUAUGGGAGGUAACUCUGGUGGGCCAUCCACAUCAAGAUAUACACCUUAUGGAAACAACAGAAGAGGAGACAGGAGAAACACUUAUGGUAGAGACAGGGAUACACAACCACCAUAUGCAGAUAAAUAUAAAAAGAUGGGAUUACCUGUGAGAGGUUCAGACAGUCAGUGGUAUCGGGUACUGAUACCUUUUGGAAAGAAAGCAGGCAAAGAUGGACUAUUAAAACUAUUGAAUGACAAUCUAGAUGUGCCAUUUAUCCCAGUUUGUUUUCAUUUUGAACAAGAGAAAGCUGUUUUUCAUAUCCAAGACAGAAAAGCAUCAGAAUCUCUCAGAGGACUUAGUAAUAGACUUACAAUGUCAAAUGGUUUUAAAAUGAUUGUGAUAUCAAAACCAAGUGGUCCACCAUCUGUAUUUACUUUGGACAAAGAGGUCAUAGAAAAACUCAAAGUGUGUAUGAGUAGCAGAUAUGAUCCAGCUACAAAGGCUCUUAACCUCAGCAAUCUCUAUAAUGAUACAACUCUUUCUCAAGAUAGAAUUCAUCUGGCAUUGAACAAACAAACUGUCAUGUCUCAAGUUUCUGAUAUUAUAGGAGAAAACAUACCAGAGUUGGAAACUCUUGAUGUGAGUGAGAACAAAUUGAUGGGUCUGGAUAACAUGAAAGAUCUUGUGACUAAAGCUCCAAAUGUAGUCAGACUAAACAUGGGGAAAAACUUGAUCAGAGUCAUACAAGAAUUGGAGAAGAUCAAAGACUGGAAGCUCCAGGAGCUAAUUCUAGAUGGAAAUGAUUUAUGUGAUAGGUUUAAAGAUCGGACAGCAUAUAUUAGUGCUGUACGCAAAAGAUUCCCAAAAGUGAUAAAACUUGAUGGCCAUGACCUGCCACCUCCAAUAACAUUUGACCUGGAAUCUUCAUCAUCGUUACCUCAAAAAAAGGGCAGUUUCUUUUUAAGUCCAGAAUUACAGGAACUAUCAGUGAAGUUUCUAAAGGAAUAUUUUACAAUAUAUGAUUCUGGUGACAGACAGUCGCUGCUUCCUGCCUAUCAAGAUGAAGCUCUGUUCUCCCUGUCGACAGCUUUUAAUCCAUUGAUUGAAUACGGUCAACCAAAGUUACAUGAUUACAUGCCAGAGAGCAGAAAUCUUUUGAAGACGGCAAGAGACCCAGGAAAACGUCACAAAGUUCUAAAGAAAGGAAAACUUGGAAUUGUGUCACAGCUGUGUGAACUGCCAAAAACAACUCAUGAUUACAACUCAUUUGUGGUGGAUGUUGAUCAUGCCUCGUCUACUCUUAUGAGCUUCACAGUUUUGGGUGUAUUCAAAGAAGAUAGUAGAUCAGAUAAACCACCCAUAAGAUCAUUUAGCAGACAUUUUGUAACAGUACCAAGUGGCACUGGGAUGGUGAUCGUAAAUGAUAUGAUGACUGUUACAAAUGCUUCACAUGAACAGUUUCAGAAAGCCUUCAAGUCUCAGGCCCCUACACCGUCCUCUAGUCCAGUUCCAAAUGAGGGACCAUCAGUACUCUUUCCUCCACCAGCUAGCAGUACGUCAUUCACACCAGAACAACAACAGAAGAUCCAGAGUUUUUGUCAUGACUCCGGAAUGAAUGCUGAUUAUUCAGCAAAAUGUUUACAACAGUAUAAUUGGGAUUACAUGGAAGCUGGGAAGGUAUUCUCUGAACUACAGAAGCAAAACAAGAUUCCUCCAGAAGCUUUUCUAAGUUGAUAAGAGACUGUGUUAUACUGCCAAUUUACUCAUCAGCGGGAGUCUUUGGGACAAUCAUAAUCUAAAGACAUUGUUACUCAUUAGAGGACUUAAAUACUGUUUAACACCAAUAUUGAACAACUGAGCAGAUAGACAAUUAUUGUAGCUCAAACUAUGGUUCUGUAUAAUUUACACAAUUGAACUGAUCUCAAAUUAAAUCCUGUAUUGUAUGUACAUCUAUAAUGGAGAAAAACAACAAGUAUAGAUAAUGACAGAUGAUUAAAUGUAGGAUAAACUCUGAAUGUCAAACAUGUUAUUACAUGAUGUACAAAUUAAAUGAAGUGAUAAUUUCUGGUCAACAGAUUUAUUUGCUCAAAUUGUAAAAAAGAAUUCAAUUGUCAUUCAUAUGUUGUUUGAUCAUAAACAGUUUCAGAUAAACUGUUGUAGUGCUCUGUUGUAGUGCCAUCUAUAUUGUAAUUAUCAAAUCAUCCAUCCUUGUAUGGCUGUUGUUCUAUAAACAAAACAUUGAUGGUGUACUGUUACUAUAAACUGUUAAAGCAGUAUUGUUUUAUGUGUAUAGCUGCUAUUGAAGAAGAAUUACUCGGUGAAAAAGAGAUAUUUUAUUAAUUUUAUUGAUUUAAUAUGCUUAAUGAAUUAUUUGUAAAUACUGAAAGCCUUUAUGUGUGAAUGUAGUGUAAAUAUGAGUUUUUAAUGAAUGAUAUUUACAGAAGUUAGAAUGAAUGAAGAAGUGAACAAAUUUAUUAUUUAGUUUUAAUUGAUCAUGAGGGAUCAAACUGAAAAUAGAAAGAUUUUAUCAUUUCAUUUUUUAAUAAAAAUGGUAUCUGAAA